CCUUCCCGGUAACUAAACCAUUUUACAGUCGCCCAGCCCGCACUGCCCUCAAACUCUAGGGUUUUAUGAUCAUCUUUAACGUCCCGCCUCUCUUUCUUUAACUCAGAGCCACAGCCUUAGGGUUUGGAACGUGUCAACUGAAGCGAAAAUGCCUAAGCAAAUCCACGAGAUCAAGGACUUCCUUUUAACUGCCCGAAGGAAGGAUGCACGUUCCGUGAAAAUCAAGAGGAGCAAAGAUGUUGUCAAGUUCAAGGUCCGUUGCUCCAAGUACCUCUACACACUCUGUGUGUUUGACUCUGAGAAGGCUGACAAGUUGAAGCAAUCCCUUCCUCCAGGUUUGAGCGUGCAAGACCUGUGAAGCAUGCCGAGAUCUUCUGAGUUAGUUGGAAGGCUGCUCAGUUUGAGUGCUUUUUGUCCGGUUAUGUGUUUCAAUGUGAUAGUUAAAGAGACUUCCUGUGUAAUGGCUUUGGCUUUGGCUCUUCAUACUCCUUAAAUUUUUAAGCAGUUGUGGGUUUUGCUUAAACGGCUUUGAACACAGAGACCUGAUUCAUGCGUAUUUCUGCAA